UUUAGCCAGCAGUGGGCGUGUUUUGGCGACAGACACAUGCCUCAAGUGGCACCUGUAGUACUCUACGGACAAUUGUUUCCAGUCAAGAGAGGAACGCCAGAUGAUACUUUAAAGCAUAUAACAAAAGCUUCUCCAAAGUAUAGCUGGACGACCAACCAAACCACGUGGCUUUUCUCUGACAGAGACUGUCGAUAUCUUAUGUUAUACAUUUUUCUUGUUCACUUCUUCAAGCCAUAAAUCCACCCAGGUGUUGAUAAACCACUUAACCUGGAGAGCGGGGGAUCCCGAUUGCCGUGCGUAAACUCUUCGUCGCGCUCGGCACUGAUGGCGGCGACCAAGCGAGCUGGGCGACAGCUUCCACACUGCUACUACGAAGGAUUCCUGGAAAAAAGGUCAUUCGAAGACAAGGCAUCUCGGAGACUAUGGACAUGCUUGUGUGGAAACAUUCUUUUCUUCUACAACAACACCAAUGACAAUUAUUAUGUGGAGAAACUAGAGCUCCGUGGCCCCAUCUCCUUGACGGAUGACUGCAAUCGGGACAGAAACCUGGAGGCAGCCAGACUCAUCCUGCGUAUGGAGGAUGGGGAGAUCAAAAUCACUGCCCCAAGUCUAGAGGCUCGAGAACUAUGGAAAGGUUUCAUCUACUCUGUAGUUGAGCUGUCAGUGCCAAGCUCUCUCAACCUGCUGCCAGGCCAGAUCCACAUGAUGAGAGAGACGAUAGAGACCGAGAGGGAGAGACUGAAGACCCUGUCCCCUACACCUGCUGCAGCAUCCAGCUCUAACCUUUACCUCAGCCUCGUAGGGGACAUGCCUGCGUGUUUUCAGCCCGUGUCUCGUACUGAGGCAGAGAUGACUUUGGAGAGACACUCUGACUGUGGGAACCUGCUGAUUCGGCCUAGCAGGGAUGGCGCCUCAUUGGCUGUCACCACUCGACAGGACCUCAAUGGGUCUGUGUUCAGACACUAUCGCGUGACCAGGAAACAUGACGGAGGAUACGCCAUUGAUGUAGAUACUCCAAUCUUCUGUGCCACACUGCAUGAUGUCAUAAACUGUCUGGUGGACAAGACUAAUGGAACUCUGACACCCUUCAUUAUGGAAGGACCGUACGAAGAGAGCAUCACGUUUGUUCAGGCAAAUGAGGAGAAUGGAGAGAGUCUGCAGUGUGUCCCCAGUACUCCCAUGCCCCCUGUGCCAGUCCCUGCUCUACCUCCCAAACCAGGUCCAAGAGGGCGUGUACCAACUCCAGAGCCUGAGUCAGAUACAAGAGUGUGCCUUGACCUCAAUGAUACCCAGAAAGAAAAGAAAGACACUACUUUGCAGCCUGCUCACCUCUCUCAGACUCCUCCCACACGCUUUCGUCUGCCAAUGAUGCCCCGUCAGACCCCCCAUUUGCCCCAUCAAACAUCUCUGCCAAGUGAAGUGCUGCUCAGCUCUGGACCUGAGAGGAAGGCCCUGAUGCCACCACUGGUGCCUUCUGUUCGUACACCUCGUACCUCCCACUCGACCUUCACAGAUACCCCUGACAUCACUGUGACUUCUGUCCCACCACAUGCUGUGGCUCAGACCAUAUCUGAGGAGCUCAAGUUGAAGUUGGAGAAGAGGCGGGCGCAAUAACAGUAACCUCUCCUGACAGUUUAGUCAACCAGCAAGUGGAAAAGCCUGCUACAGCAAUGGCUUCACAACAAAAUGGGGACACUCAACAUGUCACUUUCGCUGGUAGACAGAGACAUGGACCGUGUUUCCCUCUGUCAGACUCAGCCUCUGGGCUACUCUGGCCGCCUCCUCCCCUGGGCCGGGUGCCUGGGUCUCUCCCUGUUCCUUCUCAGCUGGGCUGUGUAUGCGCAGACUCUAAGAUGAAUGCCUUAUCGAUUGCUCCUUCCUGUAUCGCUUCAUCCAAACCAGACACUAGCAAAUUUAACAGACUGUAAAUCGGCAUUUAAUUGUCACAUUCGCACCACGGUUGUUUUGUAUAUUUGCACAUUUAUUGAAAAAGUCAAACUAGAUUUUUUAUAUAAUCCAAUAGACCUACAGUAUCAAUACUAAACCUGUCAGUGUUUUUGUUUCUUUGUCGUUUUGACAUGCUAUAUUUAUAUUUCUAUACAUUUGUCUCAAUUCUACAACAGACUUUUGUCAAAGGCAAUGAAGCCAAUGUUGUCUCCUGAAUGAAAUAAAAGGAAUCACUGGUAUUGUA